AUGUCGCAUCUUUCAUCAGCUGUAGAGAAGCCAAGAGCCAAAGAUCUUUCUUGUGUGUUUAGCUUAAUAGCUAAUAAGUAUAGUAGACUUGGCUUAAGACCCUGUGAAACGAAGGAAUCACAAACCUGGAGACAUGCUAAUACACUAACCACCACUAUUCAGCUUAAAUCAUAUGUGGAUUAUAUGCCUGAACUUAAACUUUAUUU